AUGACUGCAUGUGACCUGAUACGAUUACUACCAAGGGAUAUUAGACGACACUGGCAUGAUUUCAACAGAUCACAGUCAUUUUUCACAAUGCUAUCAGAAUCAUUACUACUCAUUGCAGGGACACUUCACCUAGUGAUUUGUCCAUACACAAAAGUGGAAGAAAGUUUCAAUCUACAAGCGAUGCAUGACCUUCUCUAUCACCAAGGAAAUAUAAGCAAGUAUGAUCAUUUAGAAUUUCCAGGAGUUGUGCCAAGGACAUUUAUUGGUCCACUGUUUGUAUCAUUGUUGUCUGCACCUUUUGUAGCCUUGUCUUCUUUUUUGGGAUUAUCAAAAGCUUAUUCUCAAGUUAUAGUACGUGGUGUUCUUGGACUGAGUGUUCUGUAUGCCUUCAUCAAAUUCAAGCAAGCAGUCAGAAUAAAGUUUGGUAAAGAUGUGGCCAGGUACAUGACAUUGUUGACCAUCACACAGUUUCACUUUUUAUUCUAUGUAACCAGACCGCUACCUAAUGUCUUUGCUCUUGCUUUAGUGUUGUUAGCUUUCAGAUCAUGGUUAUUACGUCAUCACAAGUCAUUUAUCUGGUUAUCAGCAUUUGCUAUAUUGGUCUUCAGAUCAGAACUGUGUAUCUUGUGUGGUCUGCUCUUGAUAAUGGAAUUACUCACAUCUAAAUUGAGUAUUAAUAAAUUACUACAAUAUGCUAUUCCUGCUGGUUUUGUCAGUUUAGUAAUGAACAAGAGCUCCAACUGGGGAACAUCUCCUUUCUUGUGGUAUUUUUAUUCGGCAAUUCCACGAGCUUUGGGCACAAGUCUUUUCUUUGUCCCGAUUGGAGGCUAUGUUGACAGCCGUGUGAGAACAUUACUUCUACCAACUAUUGGAUUUGUAUUUCUGUAUUCCAUUCUUCCACAUAAAGAGCUGCGGUUUAUUAUUUAUGUGUUCCCUGUGUUAAACAUAGCAGCAGCAAGAGCUAUUACAUUUAUAUUAAAUAAUCUUCACAAGUCUGUGGUAUACAAGAUUCUCACCAUUGGUGUUAUUGGGCACUUUGUUCUGAAUACAUUGAUUUCAUCUGGUUUCCUCUACGUGUCAAGUAUUAAUUAUCCUGGAGGUCAAGCACUUUGGCAGUUACACCAUACACAAAUGUCAUCAGGACCUGUACAUAUUCAUAUUGAUGUUCAAUCUGCACAGACGGGAAUAUCAAGAUUCAUGCAAAUUAACCCAGAGUGGAUCUAUAAUAAAACUGAGGAUCUGGUGCCAGGAAGUAAAGACAUGAUGUCAUUUUCUCAUCUGAUGCUAGGAGCCACUGAUAAAACAUCAAAGCAACUAACACCUUACAAGGACUCGCAUGAUAUUUUAUUUCAAAUUAGUGCGUUCAGUGGAUUGGCAAUAGAUAGGAAGCUCAAACAACCUUUUAUAAAAAGAGAACAGAAUAUAUUUGUUUUACAAAAAAAAACAUAGACAGUAAGAUUAUAAAAUUAAUAUAAAUUUAAUUGAAAGUUUAAUAAUGUACUUUCUCAAUUUACAACUUUAUAAUGUCAUUUAUUAUUAUACAUCUGACAGCGAAAAACUGAAAUGUACCCAUCAGUAAAAAGCCAAAAAGACAUGUUUGAAAGUUUUAUUGACACGUUUGAAUGUCUUCCUUAUUUGGAAAUUGUGUGUCUCGUUUAUUACACAUUCAAACACUUUGCUUUGUUUACUUC